UGAGCUCAGGAAUUUAAUUCAUGGUUUUUUUUGAACUUUCCAUCUUGCGGUUAGAGCAAGCCAGAGCCGGGCUGGCGUAUUGGCUUCCCCAUCUUCCAACGCUGAGGAAAUUGGGGAGUCCCUCCUGUGGCUUGGCUGCAACGGCCCUCUCCAUCCCCUUCCUCAGCUUUGGGAAUUGUAGUCUGGCAGUGUACUAUGGGACCUGUCCUUCCAAGGAACCGCCGAGACAGAGAAACAAGAGCUGGUCCUUAGCCAAGGCAGCUGUUUAAACCGUUUCGAUUUGGACACCAGAGGUGCAGCACAGCUGGCCAAGCCAUUGAGGGCUCCUGCGACAGAGGCAGGGAUGGUUGUGUAGCGACUGCAAGGAAAGCCGACUCACAAUUCCUGCGCCAAAAUGGAGGCCCAUCAGCCACCUCCCAAUCUCCACCAAUGUUGCAGCACCAUGACUAGGUCACUGAAAUUGCUUUGUCGCCCACAAGUCUGGACAAGUCCCCUUCACAGACCCCUGGAAAGCAGCAGCCAGGACACCCGGUGCCGAAUCCUCAGCGGAAUUUGCCCAAAUUUGCAGAAAAUUAAUUUUUCUUUACACGGUGAUUACUGUCCAGUGGAGACCCUUAAAUUGGUGUCUUGUUCUCCUCCUCCGUGGUUGCAGAGCAAAAGGAAGUUUAGGGUUAAUUUCCAAAACUGGGACAAGGGGAAGCGGUGCUGCGGGAGGGGGGCCACCACCACCCCCCCAGCCUCUCUGCUGGCUGAUGUUAAACAUCAGCAUUCGGCUUUUGGUCCUCUUCUGAAUUAAUACAGCGCUGGCUUCUUGCAAAACUGGGGAGACAAUGCCAAGUUAGGCGCUCUGUGUGUGUGUGUGUGUGUGCGUGCGAAGCUGCCAGAUGUUUCCUCUCUUUUUAUGCCAAGAGGCCUGCAGAUGUGGUUGAUGACCUGGGAGGUUGCCAGUUGGGGCUGGGCUGAGGGAGGCGAGGAGUGGAGAGCAAGGAAGCCAUUUCUAAGAAUUUAAAAAACAGCUUCCUGCCUUUGUGCCCCUAUGUUGGCAGCCGGUUGGGCAGUAAACAGCAAAGAAGGAAAAGAGGUUUCUAAGGUGUUCUUGCUACACAACAUCUGGCUGGCUCCUCUUCCAAGCGGGGAUGCUAGAUCGGAGAGGGCUCCACCCUAUCCAAAGAUGGGAGAGCCUCCAAGUCCAGAAGCAGUCUACCUUUGUGGGUGCGGCCAAAGGAAGCGGAAGGAGCUUCGGUGAGGUUCCUGAAGUCUUCUCAGGAGCCCAGAUGGAAGCCUCCAGGCUUCCUCCUGCUUCGUGGAUUUUGGGGCCACCCUGGAAAAGGUUUUGGGGUGCCGGAGUGUUUGGAGAUGGUGGUGCUGCGGACAGCCGGCCACUUGCUCGCUGGGGCGCUGGUCCUCAUGGCCACCAGCCUGGGAAGCUCCUUGCCCGCCCUGGCCAGCGCCCUCCGGCCCGACCCCACCCUCUCCCUGGAGCAGAAGGCCACUUUCCUCUUCCUCUUCUUCCUCUUCGUCUUCCUGGCGGUGCUGAUCGUCCGUUGCUUCCGGAUCCUCCUGGACCCCUACCGGAGCAUGGCCUCCUCCACCUGGAGCGACUACGUGGAGAAAGACAUGCUGGACUACCGCCUGGCCUGAGGGGGGGGUGAGGGGGAAGACCGCAGUGGAGAUGGCCAGCCCAAGCCGGGGUACGGAGGCCUCGAUGGAAGCUCCACGCACGGGGGCAGUCUGACCUCUAAAAGACCUUUAUGUUUCCUAAACAAACAAACCUGUAAAUAGACCUAUUUGAAAAGCAGAAUUUAUUGGAUGUCUGGGGAAUAUUUUACCCCCAUAAAAGAGGGGGCAACACUUAUGGCUGGCAAGAGACAAGGGCGUUGUGGGGAAACGCACCCCAUGCGAGUCCUGCCUCGUUAAGGACCAACAAGGCACAACUUUUCAUUUAGAGACUCUGGGCAAAGGUGGACGGGGGUCUCUUUGGAGGGUGUUGCGUGCUUCAAUAAAACAGGGCGGGUUCUCCAGAGCAGCUGCCUUGUGACUCCAGGCUCCCUUCUUCCCUGCUGGCACACUCACAAUCGUGAAUGGGCCGUCCUAGAAGGCUGCAAGGAUCCCAGUCUGUGUGUCAACCCCCACAAUACCCCAACCAAGCACAAUAAAAUCCACAGGUCUUAAAGUUGCCAAAUCCUAAGAGAGAUGGAGGCAGACCCUUCCCUCUGCACCCCUCUACACUGGGCUGGGUCUUCAGAGGUGGCUGAACUACAAUGCCCAGCUCUUUUUCCGUUGGUCUACCUUGCUGGGGUCUGUUAACAAACCAGACCCCAAACUCCACAUUGUGAUAGCCAGCAAACAGGGUGUGUUGAAAAUAGCAGUCUGCCUGGCAUAAAUCUGGGUUAACGCAGCUCACGCCAGCAAACUGCUUAAGCAGCAGGCAGUUUGCACGCAAUGUGACGAGGUUUUGCUUUUUAAAAAAAAGAAAAGAAAAAGUGUCUUUUGACUUCUUGGUGGAAAUAAAGCACAAGCAAUUUGCAAGAAAGUUAAGGCCUUGUUUCUUCCCUCAUUUACGAGGGGAAAGUUGUAUUAUUCUAAAGCUUGUUUAUUUAAAGCUUCUUCUUCGUUCCCUUCUUCCAUAGAGGGAGCAUUCCACUUGAGAGAACCUCUUUCCAUCUUAUGCACAGUCCUGCAGUCCCUGCCUUGCCUUCCCAUUUUCCCAGCUUUUCUACCCUGGACUUACC